CAUCAGGUAAGGACUGGCACUAAAGCAUUGAAAUUCUUAAUCCACUAUCCUCUGACCUAUUGGCACGGAGCUCCUGUGUUGGAUUGAGAUAUUGGUGCCUUUUUUUUCUAGGGAAAUGGUCACGAAUGAGACUUUAUGGACAAUAAAAGCAUUUAUAUCUUCGACAUGUUCAACAGUAGCAUAUAUCCCGGAGAUAGAGAAGCCAUGAAAGGCAUCACCCUCCCAGAGAAACUGUCUUCCGGAACAGAUGACUCUACCAUCUUGAAUCUUUUAGAAAGGAAUUUGGAAAAAGCCUUCAAAGAAUUCUCACCUGACUUCAUUCUUUACAAUGCUGGGACUGACAUCAUGGCUGGGGAUCCCACAGGACUCAUGGAAAUUUCUGACGAAGGGGUAAUCAAGCGUGAUGAGAUGGUCUUCCGUGAAGCUUAUUCCCGCCGAAUCCCAAUAGUCAUGGUGACUAGUGGUGGCUUUCAACGGAGGGCAGCUGCCGUGAUAGGCGACUCCAUUCUCAAUUUGAGAGAUAAGGAGUUGAUCACUAUUGAACCAUGGCCUGAAUUCACUCAUUCCAAAGAUGGCGAUGAAAGUUGAGUGUGAUAUGCUUGGUGUCUAAAUUUGAGAUCCAUGUCAAAACAAUACCUGCAAUCAUAUGAAGCU